AUGGCCGCUGGACAGCAGACACCAUGCCAGCACCAACACUCGCAUCUCGCUCGAGCCGUCGUGGUGAGAAACUCCAGCUUCAGCCCAGCGCCAUCGCCAGCGUCAGCGUCAUCAACGUCAUCAACGUCUUCAGCCAGGCCCAAGAAGAACGGCUUUUCCAGCACUAGAUCUGCUUCUUCUCCCCUCGCUCCAACGUCCUCGUCGCCCCUCGCGUCUAAUGGUGACGGUACCGCCGCCGCCUCAUCCUCCAGCAUGACGGACAUCCACAACCACCAAUACUCUCCCUCCGGCACUCCAAGCCCUCCUCCAGCUGCUACUCCAGUAGGCUACCAGCACCACUAUGGCUCGACUCUUGCACCGCCUGCGAAGACGGUCGUGGGCAGGGCCCUGGGCAUAGAUCGCUUUUCGGAGCCCCAGCAACGCCGGACCAGCGGCGACGCUGCUGCUCCCGGCGGUCUGGCUGCUCCAGGCUGUGGCAUCUCCAUGGCCGAUACUCCACUUUCCAGCGCCCCAGCAUCGCCGCAGAUGACACCUCGAUCUUAUGGCUCCGGAGCUUCUACCCCAGGCAAACACCGGGCCACAACCCUUGAUAUCCCCGGCCUGACCAAGUCCAAGGUCUCUCCAGAUGGCCGCAUCGCACAGCGUGACAUUGGAUCGAAGCUCGUUAUUGUCAUGGUCGGCCUUCCCGCUAGAGGCAAAAGCUACAUCACCAAGAAACUUUGCCGCUAUCUCAACUGGUUGCAACAUGACACGAAGAUCUUCAAUGUAGGAGAACGUCGUCGAACAGUGGCCAGCUCUACUCCGCAGACUGAGCCAAAGAAGAUUGACCCCAUCGUCGACGAGAAGCUGAGAAAAAGCGUGCGAGAGCUCAGCAUUGGCGAGCUCCAUCCCGAGGAACAGGCAGAGUUCGAUGCGACACAGAAAAAUAUCAGUACGCCUCCAGACGGCGUACCAUCUAGUGAGAUACCACCCCUUGAAAUGCCACCAAGCUCCAUUCCGCCCGCCCAAAUACUUGUCAAUGGCAAGGUCCAGGAUGAACCGCCGGAGAAGCCAGAGCCAGCUUCAGGUAAAGCCACACCCAGCUCUGCUAAUGGGGAGCCCGACACAGCUGCUAAAGCUGAAGAAGGGAUGGACCAGUCUGCCCAGUUCUUUGACCCGGAUAACCAACGCGCAGUCCAGCUGAGAGAACAGGUUGCUCUAGCUACCCUUGACGAACUACUGGAUUACAUCCUCGAACAAGGAGGAAGUGCUGGCAUCCUAGAUGCAACCAACAGCACCCUGGAACGACGCAAAUCUGUAAUGGCACGGAUUCGCGAACGAGCUGGGCCUGAGCUUAAUGUCCUCUUCCUAGAGAGCUGCUGUUACGAUGCCAUGCUACUGGAAUCGAACAUGCGUCUCAAACUCUCGGGGCCCGAUUACAAGGACAUGGAACCAGUCGUCGCUCUAGAAGACUUUAAAAAGCGUAUCAAGCUGUAUGAACGCAGUUACGUACCUCUGGGAGAGUACGAGGAACAUCAUAACAUGCCAUACGUCCAGACAAUCGAUGUCUGCCGCAAAGUCGUUGCCCAUCAAGCUACUGGCUUCAUGGCUUCCCAAGUAGUCUCUUACCUACUAAACUUCAAUCUAUCACCUCGCCAGAUCUGGAUAUCCCGUCACGGCGAGAGUCUGGACGACAUCAGCGGAAGAAUAGGCGGCAACGCACCUCUCAGUGAAAACGGGACUCAGUAUGCCAGAGCCCUUGCUAAAUUCAUCGACCACCAACGCGCCCGCUGGGAAGAAUACCAAAAGAUAAAAGCCUUAUCAACCCACUUCCCGCCCCGGCCAGGCGACAGCACUCCUCCAAAUCCUCAGUACGCAGCUCAAAUCAUGGAAGGAGGUCGAAACUUCUGUGUAUGGACCUCAAUGCUUACCCGCUGCAGCCAGACAGCGCAAUUCUUCGACGAAGAGGAAUAUGAUAUCAAGGAGAUGAGAAUGCUCAACGAGCUUAAUGCAGGAGUAAUGGAAGGAUUGACGUAUGAUGAAAUUCGAGAACGGUUCCCGAGUGAUUUCGAGACCCGGAGGAAAGAAAAACUGCAUUACCGAUUCCCUGGCCCCGGCGGUGAGGGCUAUCUAGAUGUAGUCAACCGGCUACGGGCCGUUAUUGUUGAAGUCGAGCGAAUGACGGACCAUGUCCUUCUCGUUGGGCCUAGAUCCGUUGCCAGAACACUACUGGGUUACUUCCUCGGCCUGAGGAGGGAGGAUCUCACUGAUCUUGCAGUGCCAAUGGGUAUCAUCUAUUCUCUGGAGCCGAAACCAUACGGCGUUGAAUACAAAGUCUACCAAUACGAUCCCAAAGCCUGCUGGUUUGAUGAACUUCCCAAUUACAAAAUUGGCCAAAAGUCCUAUUACUAA